AUGGGGGCCGGCUCGGCGAAGUACACGAAGUGCGAGCGAGCUGUGGAGCAGGAGUGCUGUGAACGUUGUGGCAAGUCGUAUAUGACGACCCUUGAGAUCACCUAUGAGAUCGAGAAGGUAAGGGAGAGCUUGCAAUGCCGAAGCUGCCAUGGACUGGGCCGGAGCUCCCAGAGUGGCGACGUCUGCAAAGCCUGCGACGGUGUGGGCAGGAUCGCGAGCCAAAGGGAGGAGCGAAGCAGGCUAAGUCAUCGCGAGGUUGAUGUGGAGCCCCACAAAUGCAGUGAGAUGCCCGUACCAGUCUUUUCUUCGGUGCUGAAUCUGGCAGCCGAAGUCAUGCAUAAGAAGAAGAAUGUGGGCAUCACUGACUGCGACCCUGCUGAAUUGAGGGCCUUUUUGCUUUCCUCACUCAUCAUCACCACCUUUGGCUUUCUGACGGCGCUGUGUCAGGGAUUCUACAGCCUCAUCAUCAUGCGGGCAAUCGUCGGUGUCGGAGUGGCAGGUCUCCCUGUUGGCUUCGACAUCCUCGCCGAAGCCAUGCCUAGCUCAGGCCGCGGCAAGUUCGGCUUUUACAUGGAGUUUUUCUGGACUGCAGGGAGUCUCUAUGUGGUCCUGAUGGCCUGGCUCUUGUUGGAGCAGCUGGGUUGGCAGCUCUUCACUGCCGCUGCGGCUCUGCCCACACUGGUGGCCUCUUUCGCUGGGUACAUGAGUCUCCCGGAGUCCCCCCGGUGGCUUGUGGACAUGGACCGCGAGACAGAGGCCCUGGCGAUAGUCAAGUCCUGGGCGAAGAGCAACGGGGUGGAGAUGAGGCACCAGCAGCUGAUCAAAUCUUCACAUCACACCGAUAAUGUGAGCGUGUUGGACCUGUUCCGUCGCAGUGCCCUGCGGUGGAAGACCUUCGCGCACUCUCUGGUUUGGUUUGCCUUUGGCGUGAACUACUACGGUAUUGUCAUGCUCCUGCCACGUAUUUUCCAGAAAGGGGUCGAGUCCGGGGAUGUGGCUCGGAGCUGUAAGCUGGACUUCGACAACCAGGACUUGCUGAUUUCCUCCUCCGCCGAGAUAGUUGGCUUGCUUCUGGGAAUCUGGUUGAUUGAUGACCCCGGCCGCGUCUUCACCCAAGGUCUCUUCUACACCAUUACCGGUGUUUGCAGUUUCUUGCUCGGUUUCCGAUCGCUGGGCCUGCAGUUCCUCACCGUCGUCGCGAGCGUCGGCCGCCUUGGGGCCAUGGCCGCGUCGAGCUCGACCUGGGUACAGUGCCCAGAGCUCUUCCCGACGGCUGUUCGCGGAGAGGCGCACUCUCUCAUGAACUUGUCAUCGAAGAUUGGCGCUUUCCUGGCCCCCUUUGCCAUCAGCGACCUCUUCACUCAGUGGCAGAGUGCGACGAUCAUGGCUGUUGUGGCGAUGAUGGGUGCUGCAAUGGCUCUGACCCUGCCGGAGACGUCUGGGGAGGAGCUGUCCGCAGUCAGUGAGGCAGAGAUCAGGGCUGUGGACAUCUCCUGGCUCACCGCGCCACCGAAGACUGCCAGGGCACUACGUCAACUUGGGGAAUCCAAAUCUCUGCAGGAAGCCAUACGACGAGAUGAGCAGGAGCGGCAGGCUGCGCAGACGCAGAGGGCCGUAGCUGAGGCAGCUGCAACUGCCAAGCAAGCUUUGGUCAAGGCGGAAGAGGGGGCAAGGCGUCGGGACGAGAUUGUGGAGCGGCUAGCCAAGGAGAUUCAUGAGCUCAAAGAGAAGCUCGAGACAGUGGCAUCGGUAUCCCCAUCUCAAGCAGGCGCGAGCGCUGCGCCAACCCCAUCAUCGUUCCCCGCGCAACCAGCAUCUGAAGGUUUCCCUGCGUUUUCUGCUUGGCCGGCGGCAGACACCGCCCCGGCAUGGCCAAGCCAGUCACCAGCCUUGGUUCCACGGCAGCGCACCAGAAGCCUGUCGACAGAGACACCGCUGCCGGCAUCGGUGCCUCAGCGACAACGAACACGCAGCUUCUCAAACGAGCCACCGGAGAAGCCACCGACCGCUGCCCCACGGCGGCAUCGGACCCGGAGCUCAUCGAAAGAGACCGGCCAAAGGCAACCCAGGAUGCAAGCGCCACGGCAGCGCACGCGAAGCUUCUCGAAUGACGCACCGCCUGAGAUGCCGCCUGCCCCCGCUCAGCGGCAGCGCACGCGCAGUUUGUCGAGCGAGAAGCCGCAGACGUCUGCCAUGCUUCGGCAGCGAAGCUCCUCCAUUGAGGCGGCGACGCUCAGGCCCUCGGAGUCGAUGCCGCGGCAGCGCACCUUGAGCUCUUCCAGCGGAGGGUUCAGAGAGCAGCACCAGGAUUGGCACAUCGACGAGGAACGCAUGGAGAGGUACAAAACCGUGUUCGUGCGGGCCGACCUCGAUGCCGAUGGCUUCGUCGAAAUGGCGCAGGCCCGGCAAGCGCUGCAGAAAGCGAGCCUGUCAGAGGAUGACAUGGGCAAGAUACUGACCCUGGCCGACACGGACAAGGACGGGCGAUUCACUCGUGGUGAGUUCGUGUGUGCACUGCACUUGGCCUAUCUGCGGAGCAAGCAGGCCAUCCCCUUACCGCAGCAGCUACCGCCAGAGCUCCAGGCGCUUGUGGGCGCGGAGUUCUCGUGGGCUGCGAAGCCAGAGGAGAUGGCGCAGUAUCACGAGACUUUCCAACAGCUGGACUCCCAUGGGACAGGCAUUAUCGGCGCUUCGGAGGGGCGCGAGCUCUUCGAAAUGUCGGGUCUUCCUGUUGCUGAGCUCUCCCACAUAUGGCAGCUUUGCGACAUGGACCGGGACGGCUCGUUGACUUUUGUGGAGUUUGCCUGUGCCAUGGCCAUCGUCGCGAGGCGUCGCCGUGGUGGACCCGUGCCAUCCGAAGUGCCCAUAGCUUUGCAGAGGGCCGCUGCUGAGUUCGCGCCCUCGGGGCCGAGUGAGGCGGAGCUCGAUGGCUAUCGUCGGCACUACCGGCAGCUGGACCCUUCGCAGUCCGGCCGUGCGGAUAUCGCUGCUACCAAGGAGUUCUUCGAAGCCUCGGGGCUUCCCAUCGCCGAGCUCUCCGCCAUCUACGCGAUGGCAGAUCUGGACCACGAUGGUCAGCUGUCCGAGCCGGAGUUCUUGUGCGCCAUGGCCCUAGUUACGCGGCGAAAGAGCGGUGCUGCCAUCCCAGAAGCACUGCCGUCGAGCGUGCAACAGGCCUGCUUUGCCGCGGUUGGGCCUGAGAGCUCCGUGCCCGAGACGCAAGCGACGCAGGGCUCCUGGCAGGCCACAUCUGAAGAGUUGGAGAGGUAUCGUGAGCUCUUCUCCCAGCUUCGGGACGCCCACGGCUUCGUCGGCGCCGGCGAUGCCCGCGAGGUGCUGGAGAGCUCCGGCCUACCCCUCGACGAUCUGGCUGUGAUUUGGGACCUUGCCGAUGCUGGUGAUGACGGGCAGCUUGAUGAAGGAGAGUUCAUCUGCGCCAUGGUGCUUGCCAUGAGACGGCGGGCAGGAACCCCUCUCCCCUCCGCACUGCCACCAGAGCUGGCAGCUUCGUCCAGGCCGGCUGGUUUCGAUCAAGAUGAGCUCUUGAUGUACCUGGACAUGUUUGGCAAGCAGGUCCCGCAAGGCGGCCACAUGUCUGCUGAUCUCGCACGCGAGAUCCUCGAGUCGUCCAACUUGCCGACGACCGACUUGUCGCUGAUCUGGCGCCUCUGUGCCUCCAGCGCGUCUGGACUGACGGCCCCGGAGUUUCUCGCAGCGAUGGUUUUGGCUCGACAGAGGAGGCAAGGUUUGGCGCUUCCCUCUUCAUUGCCGUCGCCAUUAGCCGCUUCUGCUACAGCAGUGAGUGCAGCUCAGGGGUAUCCGACGUAG